AUGCGUGGCCAAAGAUUUGUCUACGACCGUAUUCAUCCAGACAGCACAAUCCGGCUGCUACUGCUAGAUAACCACAAUGACCUUUCCGGGACGUUAAUCACCAGGCGCUUCUCUGAGAUAGGGGAAAACUCCUACUAUGCGCUCAGCUACUGUUGGGGUAGUUCUCGAAAAACUGUGCCGCUUCUUUGCAACGGAAAAGAGCUGCUCAUAACGCGGAGUCUAGCGUCUGGUAUCCGUCAUAUUCGAAAACUUCGUAUUCAAAAUGACAGCCACCGACCCGAUACCUUGAGCGACAAAUAUGUCUGGAUUGAUCAAGUGUGCAUCAAUCAAGACGACAAUGAAGAAAGAUUUAUGCAGGUUAAGCUGAUGAAGGAUAUCUAUUCCAAGGCAAUCCGGACCAUCGUCUGGGGAGGCGCGGACGAAAAGAAGACGCUUUACUCCGCCUUCCAGCUGGUAUACCAAAUCCACGACAUUGUCCUCCAGGGUUGGCCCAACGCAAACUACCUAAGCACAAACAUCCCAAGAAAAAAGUUCAACAUCGAAGAACAUAAGGGACACGGACUCCCUAAUCCUGAGGACAGUAGUUGGCUUGCACUGAAAAGCCUUUUCUCCAGACAAUGGUUCUACCGUAUAUGGGUUGUACAGGAAGUGGUCGUGUCGCAGAGAGAUCCACUGCUACUCUUCGGAGAUAUCAGUUAUCCUUGGAUGAACUUAGCGUCAGUUGCCCGGUGGUUACUCUACAACGGAUAUUUUUUCAAAGGAUUGGUCCCUCGCUCGGUAGCCUGCAUCGUAUCGAUUGCCGAGAUCCGCAGCAGAACACCUGUAGAAGGAUUUGAUUUUGCCUUGGUGCUUAGAUUGACCUUCGACAUGUUCAGAGCUUCGGAUCCCCGGGACCGAGCCUAUGGUAUCCUAAGCAUGUGUUGCGUACCCAGUUGGCCUAAACUUCCCAAAGCGGAUUACUGUACUUCGGCAACGGAUGUAUACCGCGCAUUAGUUCGAGAUUUUGUUAUCAACAAGGCGUCGAUUAUUUCCUUCACCAUGCCACUUUACAAUGCCAAGGGCCUUUCCUGGCGGGAGCGAAAAGCUACUAAACGCGAUGUGCCGUCCUGGAUCCCGCACUGGAAAGAGGGUAUCUGGACAGAAAACAUCUUCAAUUCCCUUUACUACGAGGAAAACCACGAGCAUCCUCCGUCUUGGAGAGACGAUUUUUUCAUGCACCACCGAGCAGCAGGCGCAACUGCAUUGCAAUUCGAAAGGUCAGAGAGUGAGAAUGUGCUAUCAUUACGAGGCCUGAAAGUGGAUACAAUAGGCCGGCGUCUGGAUCUCAAUACGGCUGAAGGAAUGCGACUACAGCGCGAACGCGCCUCUGGUUUUCUUAAGAUGCUCCAUCAUUUCUUUGCCGUCACCACCUCCCCGCUAGGAGUAUUGCGAGCCGUCUUUAUGGUCACAACGACUGGCGAUCAUUUGGAUUCCCAAACAGCUCAGGAUCCGGUUCAACAAAGCUUUUGUGACUUCUGCGCGUACAUUGACAGCAUUUGGAGCCAACCUAGCAGUUCCCAUGUGCGCUCAGAAGACUGGAAUGCUUUGAGAGACAUUAUCAAGUGUCAUGCCGAAGGCGGCAAUCGUGAGCGAUUUGAAGACGUACUACUCCUUCGUUGUGCACAAAGACGCUUUUUCAUCACACCUAACGGGUACUUGGGUAUCGGGCCAUCUACGCUAAUAAGAAAUGAUGUCAUUUGCAUCUUAUUCGGCGGUGGAGUUCCGUUUCUACUCCGUCGUCAAAAAGAUCAUUACGUGCUUAUAGGGCCUUGUUACGUCCACGGGCUGAUGAAAGGCGAGGCUGUAGAGGAGAGGAACAGAGGGAAAUUUAAAGAAGAAACGUUUGAGAUCCAUUGA